UUCCGUCCGUGUGGGAGCAACAAUCAUAUCCAAAAUGGAGACCGUAAAUGCUGGACAUAUGAUGAGCUUAGCUGCUCUACAGAGGCAAGAUCCAUACAUAAACAAAUUGCUCGAUGUUACCGGCCAGGUGGCUCUAUAUAACUUCAACUCCAAGGCGAAUGAGUGGGAGAAGACUGAAAUCGAGGGCACCCUGUUUGUUUAUACAAGGUCUGCUUCCCCUCACCAUGGCUUCACCAUCAUGAAUCGACUGAGCACGGAGAACCUUGUAGAGCCAAUCAAUAAAGACCUGGAGUUUCAGCUACAGGAUCCAUUCUUGCUCUACAGAAAUGGCAACUUGGGUAUCUAUAGUAUUUGGUUCUAUGACAAGAAGGAUUGUCAACGCAUCGCUCAGCUCAUGGUCAAGAUUGUGAAACAAGAAGCAGACCAUGCCCAGAAAAAGUCACCUGAGAGGGCAGAGCCGGGGAGAACCAAUGGAGUCGCAGAACCCCGCAGCAUUGAUAUCUUGGAGCUGCUCAGCAAAGCCAAGGAAGAAUACCAGAGGUCUCAAGGAGGUGAAACAGAUGUGUCCAUUGAACAGACAGCAAAAGCAGCUGCCAGCACUACAGAUCCCCACAUCACACCGCAGCCUGAAAAGCAGAGCUCUCACCCCGUGGUAAAGCAGAUCACAGUGGAGGAGCUCUUUGGUUCGUCUCUCCCUAAGGACCCCUCUCUACCAACCAUGCCCACGCAGAGCAACACUGUUUCCAGUGACCCCUCCGCUGCCUAUGUCCACAAACAACCGUAUCCUGCUCCACCUCCACAAAGCACUCUCCUCAUUCACCAACAUGCAGCCCAAGACCCUGGUUCCAACCAGAGGAAUCAAGCCCCCGGUCUGCUCCCUGCUCCAUAUGCACUACACCCAAGUCCUGUAUUCCAGUCAGUGAUCCAAAGGUCAGACCCCCAGCUACACUCCUCAGUGUCCCCACUCAUAGUGCCUUCAGGUGCUCCUCCUGGUACCGCAGGACCUCCAACUGCUCAAACAUCCUAUAUGGGUCAGGACAUCCUCGCCACACUCAAACCGGCAGCACCUUCUGUAAGUUCAGACCACCACAAACCCAUCCUCGCACCUAACUUCCUGCCAAGCACAUUGGUCCCACCCCACAGCUUCCGAGAGCCUAUGGGAAAACCCCUUCUCCAACACGGAAAGGACGUGGAUGUUUUCUCUCAGUCUCCAAAUCUGAUUAAACAAAUAUCUGCUGUCCCCAUGAGUCCAAGUCUUGCUGUUCCAGGAUCAGGGGUUUCUAUGCUGCUUUCCCCCAGUGCCUUCCAGCAGUCCCUCAAUAAGACACCGGCAGCAACGUCAAUGGUCCCUCCUGCACCCACUGAGCCCACCUCAGCCUCUGGAGGAGCUAAAGAACCUGUAGCAGCCCCCUGCAGUAAAGCACAGCUACAGGAGACUCUGAUACACCUCAUUAAGAAUGACCCAGACUUCCUUGGUGCCAUUCAUGAUGCUUACCUGCAGAGCCUAUCCAAGGACUUUGGCAACGUAAAACUAUAGUCCUACUUCAUCCAUCACCACUCUUUUAGUGCUCCGACCUCAUCAGGAUCAAUAAAGAUACACACAAUUAAUGGAGAAGUAAAAAAAAAAAAAAGUGGAGCAAACAGGUUUUCAACACACUGUUCACCAAAAAACCCUUCAAAACUAGUCUGUGUGCUAAAGGUUAUUACAGCAUGCACUGCACCAUCUAACCAUCUGUUCCUGAUGCUGAAUACUCGUUUUGGAUCUAUCUUUUGUCAAAAUCUAUGAAAAGCAGAACUACUGUGGGAAAGACUAAUGAGAUAAAUUUUCCCAGUUAAAUCUUGAUGUAUGUUUUGUUUGGUUUUUUUGAUUUUUCCUUUUGAACUUUCUGAAUGUGGUCAAACUUUAUGGUUGGAUAAAGUUUAGCUGUUGGUGUUUUGUUUUUGUUUUGUUUUGUUUUGUUUUCUCUGGAGGACAGAACCACAGUGGAGCUUUGGGAACCUCAAACCCGCUGACCCUCAGGCAGAUAGUUUUGCAGCUGUACGAAUCACAGGUGCUGCUUCUCUUACUCGUCACGUGUUUGGUGUUCUCACCACGAGCACACUUAUACUGCGACUACUUGUGAUGAGAAAGGCCUCUGUGCUGGGGACCUGAGCUAUCCUGCUAUGUGGCGUUUAAGCAGAACCAAUCUUCCCCCCCCGUUUUGUUGGGUUUUUUUUACGUUCUACGUUUUGAAGCUGAAGAAGAUGCUGAGCAGCCAUUCCAGGCGUUUUGUGUUUGGCAGGCGUUUGUUGAGGAAGUUUUAAGCUCUCGUCCAGUGAAGAUGAAUAACUUCUAUCAUUGUUUGGAGAAGAAGCACUUGCAGCCAAGAACUCAAACUAAUCACCUAUCCCUCUCAGCUGCUUUUAUAAUGUUACAGACGGUGAUAUGUUUAUGACUCAGAAACGAGCUCCUUUGCUACCUUUGGUUUUUCCACAAGUCUCCUUACCCUUGCUUUGUCUACGUCCUUCCCCUUCUUUGUGCUGUCAUCUCUCCUCCACCAGCUGAUCUUGCAGUCGUGGAUGUUCUCGGAGGGGAAUGUGCAAUAGGCGACAGUCGCAAAGCCUUUAGGGAUACCAGCAUUUUGGGAUAUCUUAGUCUGCUACUACAGAGCCUUUUGGGGUCUGCAAGUGAUUUAUGUUUCGAGUAUUAAGAGAAAAAGGAAAAACCAAAGUAGCAAAUUUCGAUUUCUGUUUCUUUUCGAUCCUUUUAGCAGUAAAAUGCUUAAGCAGGUGGAAACCAAUGUGCUUUUGAUAGCUUCAAACAAGCUGAGUUGCUACAUUUACCCAGACUAACGCUGAAAACUUUAAACUACCUCUAGGCCCAUCUACCCCCCCCCCCCAAAGUAUGUUUUUCCAAGCUGCAGUCAAUAAGUUGAAGAUGAAAUAAACUCGGGUGUUUUUUUGCAGUAAAAGGCUACUGCAGCACGUCCCCAUAAACCCUGCAGACUGCAGUGGAAGCAGGAGUAAACGCGUCCGUUUUCCUCGUGUACACCACUGAGUGGCUGCUGUUUGUGAGCAAAGAAAAAGAAUAAAUGUACGUCAUGAAAUCUGAGAUCUAAAAAAUAUAUAUAUCAAUGAAUUUUCGCACAAAAAUUUCAGCAUAUUCAAACUAUUAAAGUUGUCUAUUUAUACAAAAAAGGAAGAAAAAUGAUGUAAAUGCAUGAAAAUAUUAGAGGGUUUUCUGACCAGUGGUACAGUGAUGUUCAGUAGUUGGGCCAUUAAUCCAGUUACUUAAACAACCAGUAUACAAAGUCAUUAAUAUCCAAACAGUGUAUUUUUUUAAUAUUUGUGAGCAACAAGAAGAGCAGAGAUUAUUGCUUUGUGUAUAUAUUUUUUUUUUAUUUUGCGGCAUGAAUUCUUGCCUCGAUCGUGACAUCACAGCUUGGUAUUUAAUAUUUGAAGUUGUCUUUCUCCUGCUUGCAGUACUUUUUUGUAAGUUUAUUUUGUUUUUUUGUAAUUUGGAAAAGUUUAAAUUUCAAAUGUGAAAUAACGUCCGCAUCCAGGGAGCAAAUGGGAUCCUUUGUUCAUUUCAUUACCAUGUAAAAACUCAUUUUUCAUGUCAGAGAUGGUUUUGCCAACACAUUUUC